UAAAGGUUGAGCUGCCCUUUCCAUGCGGUAGUGGGUGAACUGGUUCGGUUUCUCUGUUGGAAGAAACACAAUCACGACGCUAAGGUUAUAGCACCAGAUUGAUGGAGAAGGAUGGCCAGAAUCUCACUGGACUGUCCCAGCUCUUUACCAGGGAUCCCCCUGAGCGUGCUAUCUGUGCCUAUGGAGAAUAAAUACAAAUGCCAGCAGUGUCUCCAGGUCCUGAGGAAGCCUGUCCAGGCUCAGUGCGGCCAUCGCUUCUGUAUACACUGCUUCAAGCAGCUCACCAGUUCUGGUCCAAAGCCUUGUGAAGCCUGCCGCCAAGAAGAAAUAUAUGAGGAGCCUAUUUCCAUUCUGAAUAGUAAUGAGGCAUUUCCUGACAAUGCAGCGGGUCGAGAAAUAGCAAGUUUGCCAGCCAGGUGUUUGAACCAGGGCUGCAGCUGGACAGGCUCAAUAAAGGAGUAUGAGGCGCAGCACGAAGGUCGCUGUGAAUUUGAACGGGUACAGUGUGAGGCCUGCCAAACCUCAGUCCUUCGUACUGAGAAGGAUCGGCAUAAUGAGAGAGAGUGUGAGGCCAGAACACUCAACUGCAAAUACUGCAAAGUGACUUUCAACUUUAAAGACAUCAAGGCCCAUGAUGAAAUCUGCCUGAAGUUUCCCUUACAAUGCAAAGACUGUGGCAAGAAGAAGAUCCCAAGAGAAAAGUUCAGCGACCACAUGAGGACCUGUGCCAAGUCAAAGAGUGCCUGUCCAUUCAGUGAAGUGGGCUGUAAAUCUGUGAUAGAGAACGGGAAGCUCAGUGACCAUGAGCACAGCAGCACCAUGGAGCACUUGCGUCUGCUGCUGCCUAUGGUGCUGUCUAUGGCUCGGACACGUGCGGAGGCUCCUGGUCUCGGGGAGUGGCAGGAGGACUCUGGUCUGGGCCUGUACAGGGCUCCUGGGGAGGGAGUCAGUAUAGAUGGAGGAGCUGCAGCCUCCUCUCAAUCUGUGGAUCUGGGGAAAAAGGUGAACGCUUUAGAAAACAUUGUGUGUGUCCUGAACCGGGAAGUGGAGCGCAGUUCAGUUACAUUGGAGGCUUUUUCACACCAACAUCGUUUAGACCAAGAAAAGAGCGAAAAUCUGUCUAACAAAGUACGACAGCUAGAGAGGACGGUGGCUAUGAGAGACUUGCAGCUGUCUGAGACUGAACAGGUGGUGCGAGAGCUCCAGUUCUGCACCUAUGAUGGGAUAUUUGUCUGGAAAAUCUCUGACUUCUCACGUCGCAGACAGGACGCUGUGGCUGGUCGAACACCUGCAAUGUUCUCACCAGCAUUUUACUCCAGCAAAUACGGCUACAAAAUGUGUCUGAGGCUGUAUUUGAAUGGCGAUGGGACAGGUCGCGGGACACACCUCUCACUGUUUUUUGUCAUCAUGAGGGGCAACUGUGAUGCCCUGCUUAAGUGGCCAUUCAGUCAGAAGGUGACUCUGAUGCUCUUGGAUCAGAACAACAGGGAGCACAUUAUUGAUGCUUUCCGCCCCGAUGUCACUUCCACCUCCUUCCAGAAGCCGAUCAGUGAGAUGAACAUCGCCAGCGGCUGCCCGCUCUUUUGUCCACUGGCCAAACUGGCUGGCAAGAGCCCUUAUCUGCGAGAGGAUACAAUUUUCAUUGUAUUAUAG